CUGAUAUUCAUCCAAUGUGGAUGGAGACAAGUUUUGUUCGUGUUAUAGCUUUAAUAACAAGACAAAUGGAAUGGCGUGGCCACAGGCAAUGGAUAACUGUAACUAUAACAACAAAACCCUUGUGGUGAUGGAAACAGAGCGAGAAUGGGAAUUCGUCAAGAAUGAGAUUCAAAACCGAGUAGGCAGUAACUAUGGUGAAUGGUUUAUAGGCUUGGAGCAAAAUUUCACAACAGGGAAUUGGACUUGGGUCAAUGGUAAACCUCUGACUAUUAAUAAAUGGCAGCGCUCAAAUCCUGAACCAAGCGACUUUUAUGGGCUGAUUCAUAAGGAAUAUCCAGCUGGAUAUAAAGGAUCUUUUAGUACCAUAAGUGGCAACAUACAAACAAGUUGGAUUUGCGAGGAAGAAACAGACAAUUGUCAAGGUGACUGUUUCUUCCACAUUGCUCCGCCAAGCACCAGUCCUCCUGGAACAAAAGCUGUUACUACACGAGGGAAGACGUCAACUGAGCAAGAUAUCACUGAUGUAUCUGGUAAAUUCAAAGAUAUGUAA